AUGGUACAAAUAUUGCCGUACUAAAUUAUUGGAGAAUCAGUAAGGAGCACCAGAUCACCUCGUACUUAUCAUCCUUCCAUCAUAAAGGCAUGGUGUGACGUCACAACAGAUGGAGGAGGAUUCGUGCUGGUUGCAAAGAAAAAUGACCCUGUUACCUGGACUGUUCCAUCUUCAAAAGAAACUGUUGAUCCUCAUGGUAAACCACAUUGGUCAAGCACUUUUGGAAAAGUAGAAAUGUUAGACGUACGUUUUCAAAUAUCCACAACAUCAAAUUUUAAGGAUACAAAGGCACACUGGUGAGGUUUGAUUUUAAUUGUUUUUAUAGUUGAUGAAAUAUAAUGAAAAUAAAGUUUUAUCUAUAGCCAUUCAGCUAUAUUACUGUAUAUUACACUGUAAAGUAUAGGUAUAGAAAGCUUCUGCUGGUAUAGUCAUGUUCCACUCUUCUAUAGAGCUUUGAUUCGGUUUAGACGGUUUACAUUGCAUUGAUAAAAGUUUGGGUGUUGGUGGAAAAUUAACAAUUUGUGAUGUCUUUCGUCAAUAAGAUAAAAAAAGAUAUAUUUAUAGCAAGUCAAAAGCUAAGAGUAAUCAGCAACAUAAUUACAGUGUAUUUCGUUUAUAAUAUUUAUGCAAACACACCUGGAAGUCCAGCUUUAUUUAAAUACCAGCAUUCACUGUUCAAUUUCAUCAAAUAUUCAAGGAGUUUCAGAUUGGCAAAUAAACGUCCUCUUGGACAACUUCUUUUACGCAAUUCUGGUGGUUGUACAAAAGAUAAUCCUGGCAUUGGUGAUAUUGCAUUUGUUAAGGAUCUGCAGACUGGAAAAGUUGUCAACAAAAACUUUCGAUGUUCCAUAUUUAGUGGACACCUUUCAAGAUUAAUUGGAUGGGUACGUUUUCAAAACCUCAAUUAAAAAAAACUAACUUCGCACGAUAUGAUAUAAUAUAAAGCUUAAUAUUCAACUUAGCUAACAUUUAUUACAUAAUAUUUUUAACAAAACAUUUGUAAAUUGAAUCUCAACCGUAAGCCGUGUUUACACCACAAGUCUAGGACUGGUCAGGUUUGUGCCGCACUGAUUGGCUAACCAGUUUACUAUGUCAAUCAGCGUAAACUAGUUUAGACCAAAGCCUGGCAAAGACUUAUCGUUCCACUUUACCGACGAUAUCUGAGUCUCUGUUACUCAUAUUUUCGUUUAGGGGCAAAUGAACAAAUGCCUUCAACAACCGUGUUCUCCUGGCUUUGCAUAUUUUUAUGGAGUUAGAUUGGACGAUUCUGGCUCUUUUAGGUAAUAAAACUUGGAGAACCAAAUAUAUUGCUAUAGUGAGAGUAGGUCUUAGUUUGUGGUUGUUAGUCCGUAGGUCAUCAGCGACAGCCAUUACUAGGUUACGUAAUUCCAUGGUUCCAUGCUGAUUUGUGUUGUUAGUUCAAUUCUUGAACACAAUUAUGCUUCAUGUGCUGGCUGCCGAUAUGCCCCUACCACGUCGUUCAAACAAAACCGAACAGAAACAAUUUUAUUGCGACAUUUUUUGCCUAAGUUCUUCAAUUUGGUAGCAGAAAGUGCGGAAAUGCUAUUUCCGUGACUUAAUUUCUCACAUUUUCCUAGAGGAGCAUGCCCCAGGACCCCCUCCAGCUUUACUGGUGCCCUGGACAGAUUUCAGCCCUCCAACUAAAGAUAUCUUUCAACACCAAUUAUUCUAUAUCAGGGGUGGGACAUGAAUUUGUCUGCAAUGACAGGCUCUAGGUCACAACAAUUAAACCAUUGGUUUUUGAGUCGGUGAAAAAUACCACAAUCGACAAUGCAAAAUUACCCCCCCCCCCAAAAAAAAAAUAAAAUUAUCGGUUCUUAGGAUAUUUUCUUGCAAAUUUCACUCCACAUGUGUUUGAUUUGAAUGAGCAAGCUGAAGUUAUCGUUCGAAUAGAUAUCUCAGUACUCUAAAAGUAUACAAGAGAUGUUGGGUUCGUCACCACGCAAGAGUAAUUAUUAUAGAUUAAGAUUAAUAAACAGCUAUGGACCUCUAUUUAAUACCCUAUGGACAUUUAUACAAUUGCAGAACAGAUUAUAAUUCAACACCUUUUCUAUUUUAAGGGGGCCCAAGCCCCCAGUUCUUCUCAUUCCUACGCCAGUGCCAUAAAAUUAUAUCUAUUUUAAAAGUAUUACAAUAAAAAUACAUAUCUUCUUUAUUUCAAAUGUAAUAUAUUAAUAAACAUUUGAAAUAUGAACAUUUAUUAUUUUGAUCAAUGAAAAGUUUUAUAUCAAAAGACAUACUGGAACUAUAAAACAGCCUGUACAAAAACCUGCAUAUAAAAUGUGUUUGUAUUAAACAAUAUAAAACAUCAUCCGCCCCAUCCCCCUAAACAAUGAACGGUCCCUAAGUACAUGUUCAUUCUGAAUUGCAGUUACAGCGCUCACGGAAAUUCGAAAAGCUCUGGAAUUUUACAUAGUAGUACUGCAUUCAUCGGAUGUUCCCAUCAAAAAGUAAGUCAUCGCCAAUCCUAUAGUUAUGCAGACGAGCCAGGGGAUAAAAUGUUUGUGCAAUUAUAUCAAUGGAUCCGGAUUAUAUAAUGAUAUGUUAAAGUAUUGAUUAAAGUUUCAUAUUACGGUAUACUAGUUUUUCUCGAAACCGGCCUAUACUGGCAUGCAGUGGCAAUGCCAACUUUGGUGGUACCAUUAUUUUUUUAUGAUUCUUGCAUACGGAAUGCAGUGUUGUGUCGAAAAACGUCAAGCCACUUUAAAGGAACGUUCAGGCUUUGUGAAUAUAUAUGGGAAUUUAUAUGGAGUAUAUGUGGGCAUGUGUUUCACCGAGGCAUUUUUUCUGUGGUGUGUUAACUUUCCCAAAUCAUGUUUACUUUUUGUUUGUGUUAACGACAUGACUGAAAACAGCAUAUAAGCGGAGUGUAAUGUGUUUUAGUGUUGUGCGUGUUAUGGACCAAAAGGAGGGACGAAGAACUACUGUUUGACAGACUGCACGUCAAUCAACGGAGGAGUAGUGAAGAAAAAAGUCCAUGCAUGGAUAUGGAUUCGUUCUUCAAUUCCCAAACGAGCUUGGAGAAAAUGUAUUGAGUACACUGUCACCGACAAGAACGGGAAGAAAGAGACAUAUAGUGUAGACGAGGAGACAGGAACACGAAGAAAGGUACAAAGACGUACAAAAUACACCACCGCAAGACUAUAUGUGAAUAUAACGCUUUGAGACCUUAGAACUUUGAAGUAUUGUUUACUGAACCUUGACAGUUUUGAUUAUUUUUUACAGGGCAGUUGCGCAUACUCACAUGAUGUAAGAAAGAAUGGUGCGGUGAGUGAAAGAAUUGAAAAAUCAGAAAAGCGCAAACUCGCGGAGAAAGUUCACCUUAAUUGGGCCUUGGAAAUCCUACCCUGGGCGCAGAGGUUUUCUGGUGCCAGGCAAGUUGUCAGGCACGGUAGAACCUGAGUGCAGGAUACAGCUUCAGUGAAACAGUAAACCCCUUGCUCCGGGGUAAGGCAAGCCAAACAGUCAUGCACGUCUAUAUUGUAUAUAUUGCACUCUACUGCAUGAGAGAUAGUUCUGGAAACAAAUAUAGCUACUGUACAUGUCAUGUCAAAAUUGAAGUAUUAUUGAAAAACUACACAGUUCUAAAUGUUUCAAUAUUUGGCAGGUGUUGGUAGCUCCAAAUGAAAAGGCUGAAAGGAAAAUUCCCUCAGCUCCAGGUCUCUUACUUUACCGUCCAGAUAAAGAAAAACUGUUAAUUCAAGGAAAGAAAGAUUGGAAGGAAAUUGCAAUGGUGAAUGAGGUAAAGCAAUUUGUGCAGUAUUGUUUGACUGACAGGUGACUGCUGUCCUGCAAUGCAAUUUCUUCAUGAUCAAUGACAUUUUAUAAUAUACGUAUACUAAAUAUCAGGAUUUGGGGCAUCUCACCAAAAUAACUAAUUGUUGAAGGAAUUUGUAGAUGGAAAUUAAUUUGGAGUGGAAUUUUCCCAUAUAAUUAUAUAUAUUUAUUUAUUAGACCUAACCAGGAGCAGUUGCCCUAAAUCCUGAUAUUUACACAUUCACCGUACAUUGGCAUCACCUUAGUAUUUAUACUUGAACUGGCUUGAGGUUUAGGCUCAAUAACGGCGUCUCUCUGUAGCUCAGUUGUUUAGAGCGCUGCACCCGAAUCGCAGGGUCGCAGGUUCGAUUCCUGCCGAAGGCGGAUAGUUGUUCUUUUUGCAACUGCUCCUGGUUAGGUGUAACAAAUCAUUAGAAAUGUACAAAAAUUACACUCGAAAUUUCCAUGUACAAAACCCUAUAGCUAAUAUGUACUGCCUUUUUCUCCAGGUUAAAAGUCUUAAAAAAAGUGUUGACAGUGUUAAGAACGCGGUGAGAAAGGUAGAAAAUAAGAUCAGCAAAUUGAAUUCAUAUGUUUUUCAACGUCAAGAUAACAGUGAGUUAAAUAUUACAUUAUUUGGUAUGAAUGUAUUUUAGGAUAGCUGUUAUAUGACCUGAAACUUAUUCUUAGUUUGCAUGUUAUUCACACAGGUAUAACAAGUUGCAAACAUUUGAAAAACCUACGAUCUGGUUUAGUUAACGGAUAUUAUCGAAUUGGAGCAUUUUCGGUAAUUCCAUUUGUCAUAAAUCGUUAGAAACUUUGUCUAUUAUGUAAUUAAAUAAUUUCACGGAAAGUAUAAUGUACUCUUUGGAGACCAUUUCCUUUGAUUAAUACCUCAAUAAUUUGAGGAACUUCCUUUAAAAAGUUCCUAUAUAACAAUUAACAAAUAUUCGCAGAAGGCGAGGUGAUUAUCGGGGAAUAUUCACCGAGACGAUGUCGAGGUGAAUAUUCCCCGAUAAUCAUCGAGCCUGAGGGGAAUAAUUGUUUUAGUAUUUUUACACAAGUCUUUUGUGUCUUUUGGUAUUUUUAUUUUAAUUUCUUUAUCAUUAACUUCCACUAAACGGCUAGCCGCCAUUUUGCAAAUUUAUGUUUUGUUAUAUUCACUACCUCAUGACCAUUUUUUGAAAAGGGACCUUUCUGUGAGAUAAUAUAUUAGAGGGGGAUAGCAAUGACUGACGGCCACGUGUGUGGGCAACAUACCACGCAUGAAUGGGGGGUCUGGGGGUGUACUCCCCCAGAAAAGUUUUGAAAUUUGAAGCACGGAAGUGCCAUUUCCUGCAUUCUGAGCAUCCAAAUUUGCUCUAAAGUUUAUGCUAACUAUACUUGUAUUUGAAAUAAAAGAAGGGAAAAGUGCACAAAAAGUAAAAAAAAAUAUUAACCGUAAUUUAUCAUUACUUAUUAGAGGGGGAUACCAAUGGCCGAAGGACACGUGUGUGGGGGCAUAAUCCUCACGGAAAAUGUUUGAAAUUUGAAACCCGGAAAUGCUAUUUCCUGCAUUCUGAGCAUCCAAAAAAUAAAAAAAAUUAUUAACAAUAAUUUAUCAUUACUUAGUGGUAGAAAAACGCAACAAUUUAAAUCGAUUUUAUUAAACAAGGACAAAGGAUAAAGCCUAAAACUUACUUUCCGUUUAUCUAUUUGUUAUUCUUCGCUGGUAUAGGUGAAUAACAGCUUAAUACGUCAAAUUUGACCAAUCAACUUGUAGGAUUUGUUAUAUUCACUUGUGAAAAAAUACUAAUACAAAUUACUAUCCACUGAAGUUAAAAGGAUGUAAUAUCUGCAAACUGUCUAGACGUUCGCACUAAUUAAAGGGUUUGUAGAGUCUGUACUUUUUAGGAAGAAGAAAACUUCAUAUAGUGCAUAGUAAAUACAAUAAUGCAAAUUGUGGCGACUAGUUUUUUAAUCGGUGGCCGAAUUUCAGACGGCCAUUAUUCGUUGAUGUCAACGAGUGGUCGUCUGAAGUUCAAGCUCACCAAACGGUUCAUUGUCGCUUCCUUCAGCCGAAGCAAAAUUUCACAAAUGAGAAAAUAAAAAAUAUAUUGCCAUUUCCCUUUAAUGAUGCAACUUAAUAUUGUUAUACUGGUUAGUUUGGUUAUAAAUGAUUUCUUGUUUUGGUAAUUUUGAUUAUGUGUGCGUUCACUAUUGUUAAAGAAUCUAUUAAAAUUUGCAAUGUUCUUCGCUAAAAUAGACCUGACCUUUAAGUGUCAAAUUAUACGUACACGUUAACUUCAUAAUUACUUGUAUAUUUUAUUCCUUUUAGGCGUAUUGUGACAUAGUUAAUAAUGGUUGGACAUUGAUAGCUCGCUUUUCAAACAAUGAUUUGAAGAAUUGGAUACGUGAUGGCAAAAUGUGGUUUGAUAGAUCUUUCUCUUUCGGUUAUCCAACCAGUCCAACGCAUAACUGGGAUAUGAUUUCCGAAGCAUUCUGGAAAGUGAAAGGAAAUGAAUUUAAGAUUACACGAAGUGAUGAUUCCAGUCACACAGCUCUACUACAGACCACUUCCAAUUGUCUUCAAGGCAGAACAUUUAGAUCUAAGAUCACAAGUUAUGGAAACUUUCGUAACCGCGCAGUCUGGGCAAGUAACCAGUGUCGUGGAAGUUGUUCAGUUAGUUAUGCCGGUCAGUACAAAACUACAGCAGGUUUUGAAAGACACAGUUGUAGCAGCAACCUUCAGAGCAGGAACUACAUCGGGUUUUGGUGUGAUUGGUCUGGUGGUGAUGGUGCAGUGAUGAUGAUUGGUGGAGGAGGACGUAGUUGUGGCAGAGCAGAUCAUGGUAUUGGAAUAACAGAGGAAAAUGCGGCAAAAUUUGGUGGAGAUAGUAAUUAUGAUUUUGGUUAUGAAGCAAACAACACUCCUACCUCAGCGUAUUCGCUCAACCUGUGGGUUCGUUGAGACGCUUUUACAAUUAUGAAGUUACGACUACAGCAACCUAGAAUUACGUAGAAUGAGGUGUAGACUGGUGUAAUAGUUUAAAUACAGUAGUAAUUAGUAAGCUGGAGACUUCACGACAUUUAAUUAUAAUUAGUGACCUUGAUAUAAACCGUCGUCGUAUUUGAUUAGUUGAUAUAAAAUCAUAAAUUGAUGCAUAUCAUAUAACUGAGUCUCACAAUUUGAUGCAGAAUUUGCUACGGCCAAUUUUUGACAUUAAUGAGUAUUUAAUAAAAAUAAGUAAGACACUUUCGGGCUAGAAAAGGAAGCAAUAUGCAUGAAUUAGGGGGAAUUUUGAAUAUCUAUUCAGUGCGCUAUGUAAUUUUAACCCGAAAUUAGACUUUCCGUAAAGCCUGAAUUUCAUCAUCGGUUGUUACAAAAUAUCUGUCCUGUUAUUUCUUUUGCUGAGUUGGAUAAAAAAAUACCCUCAACUGAUGCGGAUAAUCCGAACCUCCUAAAAACAUGGUCACAGUGUAGAACUGUCGUGCGGAGGAGUAUCAUGCUAGAAUAUUACCAAGUGAUUGAGUUCUGACAAACAAUGCAAUUCUUCAUAAACCACAGUGUUUGUUUCCUCAGUUAUACUACAAAUAUUAUUUGAAAAGGCGUUAAAAUAAACUAAAAGUAGAUGG